AUGACCAUAAUAAGACCAAUGGUAACUUAUGGAUGUGAAAUAUGGCCCACUACUAUACAAUUAGAAAAAAAGCUACUAGUUUUUGAAUAUAAAAUACUGAGGAAGAUUUGUGGUCCAAUGUUUGAUAGUGAGCUAAACAAAUGGCGUAGAAGAAAAAAUACUGAACUAGGAGAAACCACUGAAGUUUUAUUAUUAACAAGCCACAUUAAGUGUCAAAGACUCAAAUGGUUUGGUCAUAAUAUGCGGAAAACAGAAACCCAUAAUACGAGAGCAGCCUUUGAAUGGCAACAGACGGGGAAAAGACCAAGAGAAAGGUCUAGAAAGCGAUGGGUGGAUGGAAUAAGGAAGGACUGGAAGUGA